CCUCACUAAGCCCCCGGGCGUCGGGAUAUGAUUGGCUGCGGCGGGGUCCUUCUUCCUUUUCUCGCUCCCUUGGAAAGAGCUAACCGCCGAGAUGAAUGACACAGUGACCAUCAGAACCAGGAAGUUUAUGACUAAUAGACUGCUUCAGCGUAAGCAGAUGGUGAUUGAUGUUCUUCAUCCUGGAAAGGCUACGGUUCCCAAAACUGAAAUCAGGGAAAAGCUGGCAAAAAUGUACAAAACAACGCCAGAUGUAAUUUUCGUCUUUGGCUUCAGAACCCAUUUUGGUGGUGGCAAGACAACAGGCUUUGGCAUGAUUUAUGAUUCCCUGGACUAUGCAAAGAAGAAUGAACCAAAGCACAGACUGGCCAGGCAUGGCUUGUAUGAAAAGAAGAAGACUUCGAGAAAACAGCGGAAGGAGCGUAAGAACAGAAUGAAGAAAGUCAGGGGCACAGCCAAGGCAAACGUUGGUGCUGGCAAGAAGAAGUGAAGUGACUAGCAGUGAGCUGGCAAAUGGAAAUAACAGAGACUAAAUUAUCCUGCAAAGGUAACAAGAGGAGAAGAUGAUGAUGGUCUAUCAGAAGCUUGUCAAAUAAACUAUAUAAACUGAAAUGCUUUGUUCUUUUUUUCCCCCCUCCCCCCACGGUUUAAAUGUACAAUAAAGAUUUUAUAAACUGAA